AUGGCCUCUCCCGCUGUGAUCUGCACUCUACGCCCCCGGGCCGCCGGGCCGCCGGUCGACCCGGAAACCACCUACCGGGACAGUCUCCCGGUGGCCAAGUUCUUGUUGAACUAUCCGCAAGGCGCCUACACCACGGCCCGGACGGUGGCCUUCGGCGAGCGCAUCGUCGAAUUCGAGUCGCACAUGUUCCGCCUUGCCGAAUCACUGCGGAUGAUCCACUUCGGGCCGCCCGAUGCCGAGCCGGCGCACAUUGCCGCGGCUUUCGCCCCGCUUCGGAGCACCCCGUCCAUGGAUGGCGUCGACGCCGCCACCAACGGGCUCCACACCGGGGUCGUGGCCCUGGAUGAGGCGUCUCUCCUGAGGCAGGGCCUGUCCCUGGAGGAGCUGUCCUCGAUGUCGCUCGCGGUGAGCCCCCGCGCCGGGGGCGCCGGCACGACCACCGACGGCCCUACUCUGGAGGAGCGCAUGGCCCGGUGGCCCGCCCCCCCGGCCGCCAUCGCCCGGAUCUUUUGGCCCCUGCUGGGUGCCUGCCGGAGGGAGUUCUUCGCGCGGCUGAGCCCGGCCGACUCGCUCCCGGACCUGCGUCUGACACUUGUCAUCUCGUGGGACAAGGCGGCCGACACCCCGGUCUAUGCGGUCCAUUGCGGCCUGCUGCCACCGGCGCCGAUUGCCUACUCGGCCGUCCAGUCUUCGCGCUUUUUGAGCCCCCCCACUCCGGCUGCGGCUGGUGGCCCGGUCAGCGUGGGCGUCACGGUGGAAAUCCGCGGCAACCCCCGGCUCUCGGCUGCGGCCAAGGACUGCAAGUGGAUCCACAAUGCCUUCUUCCUGCGUGUGACCCAGCUCCCGGAGCCCGGCCAGGAGCCUUCCUUUGCCGUGGACCUGCUGACCGCCCCGGUGGGGGCCGUCCUGGCCGGGACCAUCCGCUCACUGGUGGUGGACCUGGCGCCGAAGAUCCGCUCGGUGGCCAUCAGCCGGACGGCCGGCAUCCCGGUGGCCAUCCGCGUGGUGGAGGAUUUCCCAUCGACCGGGGACCUGUCCGCCGGGACCCUGCAUGCUGGCUUCAUCACCAGCACCUCGCGAGCGGUUUGCCCCAUUGCGCGCGCCAAGAUCUUCCAUGGCGAGAAUACGGAGCCGGAAAUCGUGGACCUGAUCCAGCCCAGCGACACGGUGGCCCAGGAUGACCCCUGCGUCCUGGCUCGGGCCACCGUGGCCGCCAUCUCGCGUCUGGUCAGCCGGCAGAUGUACCGCGCCGCCACGCCGCUGACCGACUGA